AUGCGCCAUAAGUUGGCUUGUCAACCGCCAAUAAAACGUACAUGAAGAACUAUUGCGCAUGGUGAACUUUUUUUGCUUAUUUAUGUUGAUGUAACAUGUUCGAAAACGUGGAUGGAUUCGAUUUCGAUGGCAAUGCAUGUUACUAUCCUUAAAAAAGGAGAAAAAAUAAGAUUAAACCAGUGCACUUCGUGUUGUGAUAAAUAUCACUGCCCGUUUUGUGAGACCUGUGUCUACAACCCAAGGGAGUUUUACAGUGUUGCUAACCAUGUCGAGAAUCAUCUGAAGGCAGCAAUUGAGGAAGAUGAUUUCAUUAUCAUCAGGUGCAAUUUAAAAUGCAGAGAUGAUGCACAUUAUCAUUGCUGCUACUGCUCUACCACUGUUCUAAGAAAAGGACAAUUUAAAAUUCAUCUCACAAAAUGCAAAGAAAAGAAGGAAAAGGCUAAAUUUCCACAAAGAUCUGCAGCACCCAUGGCUGUGAUUGUUAAUCCUGAUGAUUUUGAGGGACACACCAACAUUGCUUCCUUCUGGGACCUAGUGACACAACAGAUGGUUGGUCGUGGAUUUUCUCAAAGUGGCAGGAAUAACCCCUUCGUAGUUCCUCCAUGUUACGAUUGUUGGGAUCCAUGGAUUGGCAUCAACACCAGAAAAUCUGAAAUUGUGUUAACACUGAAUUUGCAAAAAUUCAGAAACCUAAGCCAUGUGAUGUGAUUGAUCUUGAUAUAACUGAAGAAAGACUAGGAGAGGAGCUCUUCAAGCUGAAGGUUGAAGCCAUACGGAAACUUUGCAAAGAGUGUGGUUUGGACUCGAAAGGAUCCAAUGGACCUUGUGUUGCGGUUAAGAGAGGAGAUGCAAAACCGCUCAUCAUAUGACAAAGUUUUCCAACAAAUCUGGGGUGCUUCUGGUGGAUGGGCAGCAAUUACUUGUCCGUGUGGAGUAGUUUACUCAAUCAAGUUUAACAUUAGAGCAGAGUCUCCAAGAGACUUUGCUGAGUUGCUUUUGUCAUGGAAGCACUUCCCCAAUGUUACCAUAUAUGAUUUUGCCAGAGGACUAGCUACUCACACAAAUCUCAGAGAACCAGAAAUUUUACCUUUUAGCCCUCAUGAGGGCAGAGUUUCAGAGCCAACCCCUGAAAAUAUUCAGCUGGCUAAAGAAAGCAAGUUGAUUGUGAAUCUGCCCUGGUUAAAAGUAAAACAACAGGAAAAAGAUCCCACCUGCCAUCCUCUAACGGGUUCUUCUGACCAUUAUGCUCUGUAUGACCGCUUUCAUGAGUAUAACACAAAAGAUGCACUCAGAAGAAUCCAUGUAGUCCCUGAACUAAGUGGGUGGUUAAAUACCCAAACUGCCGAACAACUCUUUGCUGGCAUGAGAAAAAAAAAUUACUUUAUGAACGUGCUCACACCGUCAGCACAUAUUUUCUUAAUGCGCAACAUAAUUCACCACUACAACAAAUUACAAAAUGAAUGUGUGAUUGAAAAAUUCAGAAAAAAUGUGUCACCAGAUGAUCAGUUUACCUUCAAUGAUAAUGGUCAGGUUAUUAUAGGUAAUUUAUUUUGUUUGAAUAUGUUAUUUGUAUGUGUAAAUUCUUUAAUUUUUUUGCAAGAGCAUUACCUUUUAUAUAUAAUGCAUCAACUUUUAUUUUAUUCUAAAGGCACACCUCCACAAACUGUUAAAAUCUAUGACAGACCCGCAGAAAACCAAAAGCAAAACCAACAUGAUGACAACUUCCCUAUUCAGUGUUCCACAAUGGGUAUUUCCACUCUGCAACAUGUACAGCCAAACAAGGCAUGCUGGACACAGUCCCCCAGUUCAGCCCAGCUGGAGAAGCUAAACCAUGCCUUAAUGGAGACAGAACCACAGAAUGAAUUUUUGGCAUCUAUUGGGACCACAGUCCUCACCAGGCAGGAUUUCCUUACAUUAGGACACCUUCGUGAUGUAGAGGCAACAAUUUUGAAUGCCUGUCUUUCAAUUGUGAAGGAUGUUGCUGGGCUUCAGGGUGUAAUGGUCCAUGCCUUUAGUUCUUAUGUGACAGUGACUUGGUUGCAACCACUGUGUGCUGACCCACUGUCUAAUGUUCCUGAAAAUCUAGCAAGUCAGGAUAUAAUUCUACUGCCUUCCUGGACACACAAUCAUUGGAUGAUAUGUACAACUAGCACAACAUAUAAACCCUGGGACAUGGAGGGAGUACAGCUGUGAUGACAUUACAGGCAUUCCCAGACAACACAGUUCAAAUAACUGUGGUGUGUUUGUGAUGAUGCUACAUUUUGCGGUUACUUUUGGUGAUUUUGUACAGAUGCCACCUGAGAUCCUGUGGCGCAUUC